GUCAGUGUCCUCUUAUGUUCCGUUUCAAAUUUCUAUACAGAUGGACAAUAUAGAAACAAUCUCUGGUAGAAAUGAAAUAAAGCGGAUAGAAUGGCCACUAUCAAACCUGUCUAAAAAUGGCGGGGUUUAACGGUCCCUAUUUUAUUUACUAACACAAUAUAAUGCAGUAUAUGGAUUUUUUUUUUAAACACUAGAAACACAUACAAACAUAACUCUCAGCUGUACGAAGUUGCCCUAUCUCAGACAGCCUAUGUAUUUGUCCAAAGGACUGCGUGUAUUUUUAGCGCAGUCAUUUCCAGUGUCAGAGGUAGAAGACACACGCAGAUCAACCCAGUUACAGGACAUUUGCAUGUAGUGUGAAUUUACAGGAAAUGGUUGUGUUCAGGUUUGGCGUCAUCUUGACCCCUGAGUGUUCAGAUAUCGAGGUGUUUGUGUCGGGCUCUCGGCCGGAGAUGGGACACUGGGACCCGAACCGUGCCGUUCCGAUGAAGUCCAGCCGCUCGGUUCUGACCGCCAGUGAGCCGAGCCUGUGGAUCGGAGACGUGCAUCUUUCCGAACCGUACACAGAGAAACUGUGGUUUAAAUUUAUAAAGAAGGUCUCAGGAAACAACAUUUGGGAAGGCAACGGCCCACAACAUGACCGUCACUGCGUGUAUGAUGACAGUAACAUGGUGGAUGGAGUAUACUGCCAUCCGAUUGGUCACUGGAUCGAGGAGACUGGCCAUACAGAUGAGAUGAAAUACACUACUAACUUCUACUUCAGUGUUGCAGGACAGCAGGCCAUGCACUUUUCUCAGGUUCUGCCACGAGUCUGGUUGGGAAGCUGCCCUCGUCAGGUCGAACAUGUGACCCUGAAGCUGAAACACGAACUGGGUAUUACGACAGUGAUGAACUUUCAGACAGAAUGGGAUGUCGUAAACAACUCGCACGGCUGCAGGCGUGACCCCAGUCACCCCAUGACCACAGAGACAAUGGUGCACCUCUACAGAGACUGUGACCUGGCAUACAUCUGGAUGCCCACCCCAGACAUGAGCACAGAGGGUCGUAUACGGAUGCUGCCCCAGGCGGUAUACCUGCUCUAUGGGCUUCUGGAGAAUCAUCACACAGUUUAUGUUCAUUGUAACGCAGGUGUGGGUCGUUCCACUGUGGUAGUGUGCGGUCUCCUGAUAUACGUAUUAGGCUGGAGUCUCAGGAAGGUACAAUACUACCUCACCGCCAGGAGGGCGGCAGUCUAUAUAGAUGAAGAAGCACUUGUACGGGCUCAAGAUGACUUUCUCAUGAAAUUUGGAAGAGUCCGUCCUUCUGUCUGCUACCCAGAGAUGUGAGAACAAUGCCCUCUACUGGUUGGGAGGACAAAAUUGAAAUCUAAAUUGAAUGCAGCUGACCCUUCGUUAAGCUCCGCCCCAUUUGGUUACUGUUGCUCACUCUGACAAGCUCUGCAGAACUUCCAAUUGGAAUGAAUGUGAGAUUGCCGUGGCUUGAACAAUGCAUUUGCAGAAUGUUUCAUUAAAUUCCCUUACAAAAAAUCUAAAGUGCUGACAAACUUGCUGCAACAUUUCCACUCAUUAUUUUCACAUGCAAAUGAGCUUGCUAUUUGCCGAAAAUGUUUGCCAGAAGUUUGCAGCUUUUCACCAGUAGUGGUGAACCUGCAGCAAUCCUUUGGCAACAAUGAAGAGUUUGUGACAAGUCUGGCAGAACUCUAGAUUUUUGUAAGGUUUAUCAAAGUUAUUCCAUCUCAGCAUUUAAGAACUGGCUUUGUUUCAAUUUACGAGUUGGACUUCAAAUUGCAUUGGCCAUGUCCCACAGGAAGUUGAAUUGGAUUAAGAAUUUUGCAUUAAAAUAUCAAGAAGAGAAAUGUACUUAAUUGUAAUUGCAAUUGCAAAGUCACAAAGCAGAAAUAUACUGUAUAACAUUAGUUCAAAACAAGUUUUCAGACUAAAUAUACAAAAUUAAUAUUAAUGUUUUGAUUAAUUAUGCUUCUUUAUUGCCUAAUAUAUUUGGAGGGGGUUUGGUGGUCAACUGAUUAGACAUAUUUCUCUAAACAAAGUUUAGAGAACACAUUCAUUACUGUUGAAGCAAUUAGCACUGCCAUCCAAACAGAUAUAAUUUCACCAUACAGGAAAACAAAAAAGAUAGAUAAAAGUAUCAUGAUGUCACACAGCCAACAACCGUGCUUCAGGGUUCUUUUAAUGUAGCAGCUUUCAGUGGUGGAUAUGGACAGUGCUGUGAUUUUAAUAAUGUUAAGCAUUAAAGUUUAUGUUAAUAAAGUUAUUAUAAAGGUAUAUCUAAUGGUUUACAGUUAAAAUAAUCUACAGUAUGUAGAUCUUUUUGAACUAUCGUCAAAACCAGAUUUAUUUUGGUUCAAUAUUCCUGUAUGAAUUAGUCAGACAUGUAACAGGUUAAUGAAUACACAUCCUCACAUGAUAAAGGCAUUUCUAUUGCCUGAAAAAUGACGAAAUUAAAAAUUUAAACUAACAGGACACAUGCAAUAUGAGUCUUCAUUGCAUACAUUUUUGGUUCACAUAGAGUACAUAAUAUAAUUUGACAUUUAACAUUUUCAGUAUGCAUAUAU